GAAACAUUGGCGUGAAUGAAGCAGGGCACAACUUCAUUAAAUGUACAUGAACAAAAAAUGAAAAUGACUGUUCAGGAAUCUAAGGAGAGUGGAAAUGAAGAAGCGGAGGAGGAGGAGGAGGAAGACUAUGAUACAAAGGUCUUCCUUAAGCCCAUUGUUGAGGACAGAAACAUGGAAUUUGCUAGAAGAUGUACUGAAUUGAUAAGCAAUGUUCAUUAUAAAGAAGAAUAUGAAAAAUCGAAAGGCAAGUGCAUAUCUAUAUCUGACACCCCUCAGCUAUCUCAUGUGAAAAACCUCUCUGCUUUUAUUUCUGAGGCAAAAUACAAAGCAAGUGCAAGGAAAGAACUUUCCAACUCACUCUAUCAGCAGAUGCCAGCUACAAUUGAUAGUGUGUUUGCAAAAGAAGUUAUGCAACUUCAGAGCAAGGUUCUCUAUAGGCAGAAACAUGAAGCUGAAAAGGGAACAUCAAGAUAUACCCAUAUGAAGGAGCCACCAGAAGUUAAGCAUGCCAUGGAAGUCAAUAAAUGCCAAAGUAAUGUUUCGUACAAGAAAGAUCUUCAAGAUAUGCAUAAAUACACUGACGUUUCAAACAGACCAGAUGUGAUGAUGGCAACCCAGUUAACAAAGAUAGUGAGCAAUGCUGAAUACACAAAAGCACGACAUGAAAUGAAUAAGGAGCCAACAGUUCUUGGAAGGCCAGACUUCAACCAUGCUCAAGAAGUUUCCAGAUUUUUAAGUCAAGUGAAAUACAAAGAGCAGUUUAUUAAGGACAGGAAGAAUUAUUGCUUCAAUCCCUUGGACAGUGCUUCCUUCAAGCAAACCCAGCUGGCAUCUGCCUUGGCAAGUAAUGUAAAAUACAAAAAGGAUCUAGAAAACCUUCAUGAGCCAAUGUCUGCCUUUCCAAACCUGUUGCAUUUAGAGCAUGUUUUGAAUGCUAGCAAGAUCCAUAGUAAUUAUGAAUAUAAGAAAUUGUUUGAGAAAAGUAAGGGACUGUGCCAUUUUGGACCAGAUGCUGCUGAACAGCUGCACCAUAAAGGAAAUGCAGUUCUCCAGAGUCAGGUUAAAUACAAAGAAAAGUAUGAAAAAUCAAAAGGCAAGUCGAUGUUAGAAUUUGUGGAUACACCAACAUAUCAAGUUUCAAAGGAGGCUCAGAGGUUCCAAAGUGAGAAAAUCUAUCGAAAAGAAUUUGAAGAUAAAGUCAGAGGAAAAGCAGCUCUGGAUUUAGACAAGACUCCCCAAUUCUUGCACGUGAAACAUGUUACCAACCUGCUAAAAGAGAAAGAGUAUAGAAAAGAUUUGGAAGAAGGGAUGAAAGGAAGAGGAUUGACAGUGUUUGAAGAUACGCCAGAUUUGAUUAGAGUGAAAAAUGCAGCUCAGAUACUAAAUGAGAAGGAAUACAGAAAGGACCUGGAAAAUGAAAUAAAGGGGAAAGGAGUCAAGCUUAUUUCAGAAACACCUGAUGUUCAAAGAGCAAAGAGAGCAUCUGAAAUCAUUAGUGAGAAAGAAUAUAAAAAAGAUCUGGAGACUGAAAUUAAAGGGAAGGGCAUGCGAGUUGGCACAGAUACACCUGAAAUACAGAGAGCCAAGAGAGCAUCUGAAAUUGCAAGCCAGAAAGAAUACAAGAAACAUCUAGAAAUGGAAAUUAAAGGGAAAGGUAUGCAGGUGGGCAUGGAUACUCCUGAUAUACAACGAGCAAAGAAAGCUUAUGAAAUUGCAAGCCAGAAAGAAUAUAUGAAGGACCUGGAGACUGAAAUCAAAGGGAAAGGAAUGCAAGUGGACACAAAUAUCCCAGAGAUUCAGAGAGCAAAGAAAGCAUCUGAAAUAGCUAGCCAGAAGAAGUAUAAAGAUGAAGCAGAGAAGAUGCUGUGUAGCUAUUCUGCUGUGCCUGACACUCCUGAAAUUGAGAGAAUUAAGAACACGCAGAGAAAUAUAAGUUCUAUACUUUACAAGAAGGAGAUAGGUGCUGGCACAGCAGUAACAGAGACUCCAGAGAUUGAACGAGUAAAGAAAAAUCAGCAAAAUAUCAGUGUGGUGCGCUAUAAAGGUCAGGUUGGUAAAGCUACUUCUGUGAGUGUUACUCCGGAAAUGGAGAGAGUCAAGAAGAAUCAAGAAAUUAUCAGCUCGGUCAAGUACAGCAGAGAUCAGCAACAGAUGAAAGGUAGAUCUAGUGUGAUUCUAGACACACCUGAGCUAAGGCAUGUCAAAGAGACACAAAACAACAUCUCAAUGGUCAAAUACCAUGAAGAUUUUGAGAAAACGAAAGGCAGAGGAUUCACUCCAAUAGUGGAUGACCCGGUGACUGAACGGGUGAGAAGGAAUACCCAAGUGGUUAGUGAUGCUGCCUAUAAAGGUGUUCAUCCACAUAUAGUUGAAAUGGACAGAAGACCUGGAAUAAUUGUGGACCUCAAAGUAUGGCGCACAGAUCCCGGUUCAAUCUUCGACAUUGACCCUUUGGAAGAUAAUAUUCAGUCUAGGAGUCUACAUAUGCUUUCGGAAAAAGCAAGACGUUACUGUAAACAACAUUUACAUUCUGCUAGUACUUCUGGUGCUGGAGAUGACAAGUCAGAUGAAUCUGUAUUUUCUUAUUCCAGUGAGGUAACAAGACCAUCUAAUGAAGGAGCUCCUGUGCUUCCUGGGGCAUAUCAACAAAGUCAGCCCCAAGGAUAUGGCUACAUGCACCAGACUAGUGUGUCAUCUAUGAGAUCCAUGCACUCACAGCCACAUUCAGCUACUUUGAGAACAUAUAGAGCUAUGUAUGACUAUAGUGCCCAAGAUGAAGAUGAAGUUUCCUUCAGAGAUGGUGACUACAUCAUUAAUGUGCAACCAAUUGAUGAUGGUUGGAUGUAUGGUACUGUCCAGAGAACUGGGAAAACUGGAAUGCUUCCAGCAAAUUACAUUGAGUUUGUUAAUUAAUACUCACCAUUAGUCCUUCUGAGCUUUAUUUUGAUUUAUCUAACCUUUACAAAAGUACUUUUAAAACAACAAUCUUCAUUACUUCCCUGUUAAUGUAACAAUCUGUGCUCAUAUGCUGAAGUCAACACACAGGUCCUCUGAGAAAACCAAGAAGCACUGAGCUCCAAACGCACGCUGUUUAAAAAGAUCUAUAAAAACUGUCAGUGGAAACUGGAAACCUGGUGCUUGUAAACAUAUAAAGGUUUCUAUCAAUUAGCUCCCAAAUAGAAUUCUGCCAUUACAGUAGGCUAUAUUUCUCAUUUAAAUUAGAACCACAAAGCACCUGAUUUUUGAUCAUGCAACUUUGAAAUUGCAAGAGGUUAUAGCUUGCUGUUAAAGUUUUAGCCAUUAAAAUUCACAGUGAACUGAAUAUAUAUAUAUAUAUAUAUAUAUAUAUAUAUAUAUAUAUAUAUAUAUAUUUGUUGUGAUUAAUGACAUGAUCAGAAGUUGCUUACUACUGCCUGGCAGCCUUAAACAAAAUGUAUCUUGUUAAUAAUGGGGAAAAUUUCUUCAUAUACAAUUGUCCAGUCUACUGUAUUCUUCCCUGCUCUCUUAUUUGAUGUCAUCCAUAGUCCCACUUCGUGUCAGUUUUCCCCAGACCACCAGUUGUGAAUUAGUUCUGAGUUCUGACUUAGUGGUGCCUUUUUGCACAGCUAGAGAUAAUUUUUGAAUGCAUUUGUUAAUUCCUAUCUGUUCUAUUUUGUUAAUGCCAACCCAUUUAUUAAAUCUAUUUUCCCUUGAACUAAUAUUGGUUAUAUUCAAAUGACUAUCUUCAAGGCACUUUACCAAUAACUUCUGUCUCUAAUCUCUUCUUUGGUCAGGAGUCUGGCUUGGGAAUCUUAUAAUGCAGAGUGUUGUAAAGUGACUGGCUGUAACCCUUACUUCUAACAAUGUAAUGGAUUAGUUGUGGAGGUUAUGAAUUUGGACUUGGAUUUGGAACUUGAUUGACAAGCAGUGCGAUUUCCCACCCUCCCACCCAUCUUUUGGUCAGGCUUAGUUGAAGAAAAGAAGAAUAUACUUUUAAUAGAUUUUCCAUGCUUUUAUUUGUUCAGUAAUCUGGGAAAUUUGCCUUUGCAAAACAUUGGAAAAUAAUAAAUACAAUUUCCAGCAAUUAAAAAGUAUGCCAUCCAUUGGCUUGGUGAAAAUAUAUUUAGCAUCUUAGUUCUAAAUAAUAUUAAUGACAUAACAAAACUCUUAGUGUUUUUUGGAGUUGGCAAAAACUGGUAUAGCAUAGUGGGUAACAGAAAGAUAGAGCAGUUCAAAGUUGAGCAGAGGGAGAGAUUGUCACAGAGGUGUAAUAGUGUCUACAGCUUUGUUGGAACAUGAGUGCCAGGGGCAAGGGGUAGGACAAUUUCCUUCCAGGUUUUUCUUCCAAUGAUUUUCCCAUGCAUUUAAAUGCAAGGCAAAAUGAAACAUGGAAAAACAUUCAUGCCAGCUUAAGGAGCUUGAUCAGGGGAUCCCAUAUGGGAAAAGAAGGACUCUGGAUCCAAUGGAACAGCUUUCCAUGGGGGUAUCUUAGGUUUCAGGAGUGGAUGUGCCACACACAGCAUCCAAAUCCCUCCAGCUCUCUAAGGUGUUUAAUGUUUAUGAAUCCCCCAGGCAGCUUUGCUGUUGGGCAAUAUAAAAAUGCAGUACAUGUAUGAAGAAAAAGGACUUUGUGAGCCAUGAAUCAAGAAGUCCAUAAUUUGGAUCUUGGCUUUGCCACAACCUCAAUAGCUAACUUCAGAUAAAACACUGUUGCUCAACCUCUGUCUGCAAAUAGGAAUAAUAAUACUGAGUUACCUUACAGGGAUUUUGUAAGGUUUACUGCAAAAUAAUAUUUGAAGUAUUUUAUAUAGCAUCUUCUAAAACAUCUCAUAAGUGUUAAUUAUUAUUGGUGUGGAUCCAAAGAUUUCUUUAGUGCCACAGAAGGAUUCCUUUUGGAGGCUGUGUUCUGUUGGAUGAAGAAAACCAAUGGAUCCAGUCUGUUAUUAUGUACCCAGUGGUAUCUUCUGUCCAAACAAAUUAAAAGACCAGAAAAUGAGGAAAUAGUUUGAGCAAUUAUAACUGAUUUUAGCUGUCAGAGUAUAUUCCCCAAUCAAGGGCAUUCUUCUUAAUCCAAACAAGUAAAUGUAGAAGCAAAUUUGCUGAGUCGUUUUCCUAAUUGUUUAUGCAAAAAACCAUGCCAGUUACUUCUGUUCUACAUUUGUAGUGUCCGAAUAUUUAGGAAAGCUCUCCAAUGGAAAGAACCUAUUUUUCUAUCUACUCAGUUCAAAUGUUAGUGCUGUGAAAGUAUGGCUAUUUAUAAUCAUAUGACUUUUACUUUUGCUAUAUAAAUCAAAUCAGAGCAGAUCCCCCCCACCUAAAUUCAGGUCAGAUAGAGGGAAAUGUCAAAUAAAGCUCUUUCUAAGGGCUAGAUGUCAUUUGCUAAUGGCAUCAAUUCACUGUAACCUCGGGUAUGUAGGCUCUUGAAGGCAUGAUGGGUCCAUUGUGUAUAUUUUUACUUUUUAUCAUAUGUUAACUGCUUUUAGAGAGCUGUGCUCCAGAAAUCACAGUAAUAUGUUUCUUUUAGCAUGAAGUUUUAAGUACAGAGAUCAAAGAAUGGAAUAGAAAGUCCGGCAUUUCUAGUAUUCUGCUUUAUCUAAUGCAAGAAAAAUAAAUUUCUGUCCAGAUCAGUAGCUGUUCUGUCUCCUGACCAUUUUUAUGUAAUAGAGGUAGACACUGAACUGCACAGUUUGACUUGGGCAGUUCAGUGGGUGUUACUGUAGAUAGGACAAGGCCAGGGAGAGCCAAUCAGGCAUAAAUAAAAGAAACUAGUGGCUGAUUCAUGUGGUUAGAAGAUGACAUAGAGCAGUCCUCUCAUGGGAUGCAGGAAGCUGCUUGUUUUGAAGGAGUUUCCUCACAACCUCCCCUUGACAUCAAAAAUUGCUGUGAAGAACAGAGGGGAACUUUCUUUGCAUGGGUGUGCAUUACCACCUUAUCAUGUGAACAUUUGCUUUAGCCAUUUCUGUCAUUCGCCACUGCCAAUUUAAAAUCCCACUGUGCAUGUGGAAGGUCAGUGGCCCUGUGCAAACUAGAUGUGUGAAAUUAGUUGCCUGAAUGCAAUUAAUGCAUGCAUUUUUGUUAUGCUGCUAGCAGCUAAGGGAGAGCCUGAGCAGCUUUGGGAACAUUAAGGGGAUGGUGAGAGGAAGUUUCACUUUUCUUUCAACACAGUCCCAACAAAACGGUCUUUUCUGGAUCCAUCCUAUAGAUGCUAGCUAUUACCACCAUCUUUGGAAACAUCAGGAGGCAUUUCCAUUUCUCUCUGUAUUGUACUAAUUCUAUAUACUUCCCUUAUAAAACUGAUUCUUCCCAAGUAAUUAAAUGAUGAUGGCAGUCUUCAGGAAUGUCAUGAUAAAAAAUAGAGUAUGUAUUGGAUUCUUCCUACUCAGAAAGAAGGUGUUUGGAAUUCAGAAGUGUCAGGGGAAAGAAAUAUGCAGUCAGGUAAUUCUAGUAUGUUGAAUCUUAAUCCUAUUUAUUUUUUAAGCUACUUUGAAUGUGUGUGCAUUUUUUACAUGGAAAGCGUUUCUGUGUAGGGGAGAAAAGGGCAUGAAACCAUCUGUAGAUGAUCGCAUGUGCUGACUACACACCCAUUCUCUACAGCGACUGUCUACAUGCAGUUUUCUCUCUGUGGUGGCCUUGCUGAAUUGCAACAGGAAUGUUGCAUGUACCCUAAGCGACCUCUACAUUUAUAGUUACAUUGAUUUCAUGACAAAAUGAUUAACACUAAAAAUGAUUUCUGUUGCAAAAUGUAAUUAUUUCCAUUACAGUAUCAGUUACAUUGAUGUCCCCUCCUAGCCCUUAAAAAGUGGUGCCUCUUCACCCCAUCCAGAGUAGUGGUUUCAUCAGCUUGGAAAAUGGAAGUCUCCUAUUGCAUACUGCAUGCAGGUUAGCGAGUUAAGCCACGGCUAAAGGCAGACGAAGAAGGCUCUUCAUAACACAUAGCGAUAUGUCUAUGGCCAUACUUGCCAAAAUAUUAUUAAGCUUGUAAAAUUAUAUUUUUCUUCACAUUUCAAUGAAGAAUUGUUUUCUGUAAUUUAUGAAUUCUUAUUAAUUUGCAAUGGUUUGGGUUUUUUUAAUGCUGUAGUAUGGUGAUAGAACAAUGCUGCAUGUACACUUACAAGGUCAGGCAGGAAAUCAGAUUCUCAACAGAAGCCAAUAAAAUCCUCCACAAAAACUAUUCUUUUCAUUCAAGAUUCUGAAAGUGUCAGGUGGCCAUGGGUGUUAGACACCUUUUUGAAUGGGUUCUGUCCUCUGAUGAGAUAAAUAUAUGGGGGAAUUCUGGAUUUAGUCCCUUGAGCGACAAACCUUGUAAGUGAAUAGUGCUGUUCAGACGUACAAUUCAGGUCAUCUGUUUUGCAUUGCACAGGUAGUUCAUAGUUAGGCAAAAUGAACUACCUGCCCAACCAUCUUUUAUGUUAUAUAUACAACAUGCUGAUGUAUAUGCAGUUUUAUGUUAUUCUUACAUGUCACAUUAAAUUGCAAGGGAUAAAUGACAGUUAUUUUAAAUAAAAUAGUGGUGAUUGUUCUUGAAAAAUAUUUUCCACUAAUUGAUACUAGUCCUGAAUAAAUGCUAUAAUGCCAUUUUCCUACUAAUGAGCCAUGCUCUGUAUGAACAGGGGUUGCCUAAUGUAUUGCAUAGAUAGUGUACACCUCUUAGGAACUGUUUGCAAGCCUGUAACAUUUAUUAAGGACAUGAUUCUAGGCAUAUGUAGACAGGAAACUCUCAGUAUAGCUGACUGGGCAGUGCUGGGAGUUGUAGGGCUUUUUUUGACUGAAGAUGCAAAGAUCCACAUGGGAUGCCUGUACCAUCUUCAAAUCAUGAUAGUGCAAACAUGGAGACUUUCCAUGUGAUUGCAGGUGUCUAUUUGCUGGGCUAUGUCAUUGUAAAAAUGGUUUCUUGUUGCAACUUUAUCACCUAGAAUGUCUGAAAUGACUCUCUUUGUGAAUAUUCAUAAACUCAAUUCUAGUUUUAAAAUUAGGCUACCUUUAAACUAGUCCUUUAAAAGCUAGCAUUCAGGUGCCCAACCCCAAGAGGCCUUCUAGAGAGCUAAGAAAUAUUUCAAAUUCUUGGGUGUUUAAAUUUUUCCUUGUACAAUACCUGUAACUUGCUCUUCAUCUGAAAAUGAUUACACUUCAGCAAGACCUAGCUUAAUGGUAAAUUAAAAUCUUCUAGGUCUUAGGUGUUUGGAAUAACAUUCUACUGUUAAAUACUGGAUAAAGUUCAAUGUUUAAAUAGCUUGGUGAAUCCAGUCAGUGGCACAGAAUUCCUCUAGCUUACUAGACACAAUCCAGUGGUUUUUGCUAAUGAAUGCAAACUUCUGCCAAAUUAAAAUUAUUUAGCACUAUACAACACUUUAUCAACCCUUCUUCAGUUUAUUAGAUCAAGAGCCAAAGAGGGCCAUGUCCAAGGGGAUGAGGCUGAUGUGUGUAGCCAGUGCAUCACUUUCUUUUUGUGAUGCAGGUGGGUCAACAACCCUCCCCAGAAGGAGACAGGCUUAAAGACCUGCAUGGCUUUUUGGAAGGAGAAACUGCCAUCACAGCUUUGUGAUGAAGCAGGAGUUUUCCAUGCUAAAGCUUCAGCCUUUGGCAACAGCAGUUGACAGGAUCCAAGGCAGAGCUAAGAAACACCUCUGCCUGAGACUUUGGAUGGCUGCUGAUGGACAAAGAAUGUGCUGGGUUGGAUGGACUAAGCAUUCGUCUUAGUAUCAAGCAGUUUCAUCCAGUGCCAUUGCGCAUUCCUAGUCCAAAACUAGUGCUGCAAGGUUUAAUAUUCAUUGCAUAUGACAGAGAUAGAGAGGAAGAAAUCAUACACUAGAAAUAUCUGUUUGCAAGUCACCGAGUAUAUUGAAAGGAAGCAGACGGCACUUCAGGCUGCACAAUCACAAAUACUGCAUCAGGUCUCCCAUAAAACAGUUAAAGCUAAGUUUUAGCUGACUCUGCCUACCGAAGUUCAAACUGCUGGCUUGGUUCUAGCUGUCUCUCUGUCUCUUCCCUAAACUCUUCCCAUGGAAUUCUAAAGCAGGACUGCCACUCAGCCAUUAAACAACCUGACAUGGCCAGAUUAUUCGUUUUCAGGCCAGUUGUAGAAAAACAAAGGGAAGGCUGUUAUUUUUACUUCAUACUAUUUGUUUUCUAGAUCUACAGUCCAGGUUGGCAUUCCUCACCCCAAUUCCUUCCAGCUAUGUGGAAUGCUACCUCCCAUCAUUUCCAAUGGCCACGCAAGCUGCAGGUGGGAGAAAUUGUAGCCUAACGCACAGGGAGGGCACCAGAUUGGGAACAGGUGCUUCAGGUAUGCAGUGUUGGAUGCCUGUCACCAUUGCUACUCUAAUGCUGGUCCACAGGGAUCCAUUUCUGCACCCUCUCCACACGGAAGGUUUAAUUGCAAGCUGGCAAUCCUAUUCUAAGGGAAAUGUCAUUAAAUAUUAUUUUGAGUCCUUUUUGCUAAGCCUAUACUCUUCCAGUUAGGCAGAAAUAUCAGCAUGGGCCCAUUCACAAUUAUCAAGGCAGCCAUUUUCAUAUGAAAAAGAGCAAGCAUUAUGUUGGCAUCUGUGUUCCUUCUCUGGAUCCAAAGGUUAAACUGCAAGAACUUCAAAAAUUGAAUCCCUGUGGAUAGACAGCUGGACUUUUUUUUCCUUCUAGAACUACCUGCAGUACUGCAGCACAUUUGAAGGAAUGUCAUGUGCUUCUUUGGUGUCUGAUAUAUAGGGAUUGCAUAUUGUAUGUAUGAUGUAAUCAAAUUGCAAUGAAACAUUUUCAGUUAGAGAGAUCAUAAGUUAUGUGCUGUAUCAUUACAAGAUAUCAUUACAGUCCUAUGUACUUCAACACAGCAAAGUACAAAUUGCUAAACCACCAGAAAUAAUUUUUUACUGACUUGUAUUUGGUUAGCAUGAUGUGAAACAAAUCUACUGGUUUCUGCAGUUUAUAAAAGCAAAAAAAUAAAUACAUUACCUGCUAUAGUUCAAUGUAUAUUUGCUUAAAAUGCAUAUACCUAAGUCAUUUUGCAAAAACGGGAGUAUGAAAUUAUUUGGGAAGCUCUGUUGCUCAGUGGGGCAGGGAAUUUUAAUGGAUCAUGUGAUAUAUUGACAUAAUUUGGCUUUUGUUAUACAAAAGGAUAACACCUGCUAUUAAAAUAUAUUUUAUUAGAAAUGCUUUCAAUCCUGUUUUCCCCUUGUACACUGUGACUCUUGAUGCUUCAAUGAACUGAAGCCAUUUUCUGCUGCCUGAAGUACUGACCUAUGCAACCUAGUUCACAUUUUGGUUAAUGUCAAGUAGUUGUACAAGUUACAUAUUCAGCAUAACAUACAAUGACACUGAAAUAAAAUAUUAAAGCCACAA